UAUAGAAAUGUAAGAUUAAUCUGAUCAGAAAAGAAGCACAAGAAAGGCAAUUUUUUUUAUGUUUUCUUAAAGGAAUAGACCAAGAAAUGCAUCAUUAGCAAUUCAAUAAGAUAAAUAUAUUUAAAAAUAAGUUUAACUUAGUAAAAAAGAAAGCAAAUCUCGAUAUUUAACACCCAAAAAAUAGAAUCAAUCAUUUUAGGCUCGAUUAUUAGAUCUACCAAUAAUUUCUUCUAGUCCAAAAAAUUAACUUUGUGUUGCUUAAAUCUUUACCCAAAUCGAUGAAAAAGAAAGAAAUCCAUAUUUCUAAAAUUGGGAUUAAAAAUUUGAUUCUUUAUUAUGUGGAACUUUAAGAACAUUCAAUUUAACAAAAGAAUAAAAAUUAUUCAAUAAAUCAUUUAGUUUAGAAGAAUAACAAGAAAUUAUUAAGACAUUUAAAUAAAAACCUCCUUUCUAAGUUGUAAAAAAAUCAAACAUUAGAUAACUGAAAAAGAAGGAUUUUGA